AUUUAUGUGUAAUAGGCUGUCAAUACUAGAGUAGCACAGCUUGCAUCUACAACACCCAAUUUUGUGAUGCUCCCGACAUUUACAUUUAUUUGCUGGUGGAGAGACUGGAUCACUCAAACAAAAAUAUCCCCUCGAAAUGUAUCAUGCUUGAAGAACCUUAAAGGAAGUGACACUGUGGUUUUUCCUCGAUGUGUCAGUAAGAGUGAGAACCCUGAGUUUGGGAACCACUUCAUUUUGUGGGUGUUCUGUGGUCAAAGUCAUGAGAUCCGGGUGUUUGAUUCCAUGGAGCUUUACAAAGAUAUACCAAAGAGUCAUAUGGAAAUACUUUGUGAUGCCUUCAGUAACACAUGGAAACUUGCUGAUUGGAUUAUCUCUUAUCCACCACAGUGGCUGCAGAGCAAGGGUGAUGCAAACAACUGUGGAGUGUUUGUAUGCACUAUGGCAGAGAUGGAGCUGAAGGGCUUCAGGUUGAGAAAAGAGACCAUUGGUCUGUCACAAACACAAUAUCUACGAGAAUAUCAUGCAACAGACUUAGUAAAAGAUGUUGUUGUAGAGGAAUCAAUGAAAAUACCAGAAAAACCGAUGGAGUGUAUGGCAGGUGACUUGCGUGUGUGCUGUUUUCAGAAAGUGGGCAAAGGGCCAUUGUAUCCCAGUGUUGUCAAGACCUUGUGGGUACAGUGUGACAUGUGUUUGGGCUGGCUACACACAGAUUGUGCUGGAGUGAAAGAAGCAGAUGUCAAAAAAGGCACUUUCAAAUGUGGAUGUGAUUUGACACAACCAUACACUUUUGAUGACACUCGGAAGGCUCUGAGACUUGGAAUUGAAAACAUAAUCUCAGAUCAAGACAUAAAAGCUUUACAUGAAGCUUUUCACAAUGGAGACAUCAAAUCCUGUCGGUUUUACCUGUGGAAACAUCCAGAGACAUCACUGAAAUUCAAGCAGCACUUAAAGCCAAAGCAGUGCCAUUUCAGCGAAAGUGAUCUGAUUAAACUUGCUGACAAAAUAAAGAGAGCAGUGGAUGCAGAUGAGGAUCUUGAAAACCUGAACUACAUAUUUGAUGUUAUGAUUCCAGAAGUGACCAUACUUCUUCUACAAAGAUUGGAGAAGAUUUGCCGCUAUGCGGUUGAAGUUGUUAUGGCCUCUGGCAUAGUUAAGUUACAAUAAUUUGAAGUAUGCUAAUGCAUCAACUGCAUUUAUUAAAAGGGG